CUCGCCGUCAUUCCAGUCACAACUAAACUACUUUUUUGGUCGCAACCACUUACUUCCACUUCACACACAAAGAGGAAAUAAUGGCGGAGGCACAAAUCAAAGAGUGGCAAGACCGCGCCGAGGCCUUCAAGCCUCUCAACCUCAAGGCCAUUGAGCCUGCUCUCGGCGAGCUUGAUGCUCACCUUACUCUCCGCUCCCACAUCGUGGGUUAUGGACUGACCGACGCCGAUACUACCGUCUGGAAGACUCUCCGCGAGAACCGUGUCGCCCAUGCCUUCAUCAAGCAGAGCCUGAUGCCCAAUUUGGGUCGUUGGUUCAGAUACAUCGAGGAGGCGUACCCACAGCAGACAACUCUCCCCGAGCGACCUGCUAAGGGCAAGGACGCAAAGGGUGGAAAGGAGGACAAGAAGGACGAUGGUGCCAACUACGAUAUCGGUCUCCAGGACGUUGGAGACGGCACUGGCAUUGUCACCAGAUUCCCACCGGAGCCUUCAGGCUACCUCCACAUCGGUCACGCAAAGGCCGCUUUGCUGAACGACUACUUCGCCCACGAGAAGUACAAGGGCACUCUGCUCCUCCGUUUCGAUGACACCAACCCUCUCAAGGAGAAGCAGGAGUUCCAGGACUCCAUCGUCGAAGAUCUGGCGCUCAUGGGCAUCAAGGCCGACAAGAUCAGCUACACCAGCGACUACUUCGACGAGCUAUACGAGUACUGCGUGAAGAUGAUCAAGGAUGGCAACGCCUACGCGGACGACACACUCCAAGAGAAGAUGCGACAGGAGCGCAUGGACGGCAUCCCCAGCGAGCGCCGCGACUCCAGCGUCGAAGACAACCUCGCCCGCUUCGAGGAGAUGAAGAAGGCAACCGAGGAAGGCCUCAAGUGGUGCAUCCGCGCAAAGAUCUCCGUCGACGACCCGAACAAGGCCCUCCGCGACCCCGUCAUCUACCGCUGCAGCCCCGAAGUGCACCACCGCACCGGCGACCGCUGGAAGAUCUACCCCACCUACGACUUCUGCUGCCCCAUCGUCGACGCCCAGGAAGGCGUGACGCACGCGCUCCGCACCACCGAGUACAACGACCGCGACGCCCAGUACCAAUGGUUCCUCAAGGCCCUCGGCUGCCGCCACGUCUACAACUGGGGCUUCGCGCGCCUCAACUUCGUCAAGACGCUGCUCUCCAAGCGCAAGCUCACCAAGAUCGUCGACACCGGCUUCGUCGACGGCUGGGACGACCCGCGCAUGCCCACCGUCCGCGGUGUCCGCCGCCGCGGCGUCACCAUCCCCGCGCUCCGCGAAUUCAUCCUCAAGCAGGGCCCCUCCAAGAACAUCGUCAACCUCGACUGGUACUCCUUCUGGGCGACCAACAAGAAGCACAUCGACCCGGUCGCCGCACGCUACACCGCGAUCUCCGACGCGGCAAAGGUGCCCGUCACCGUGGUCGGCGCCCGCGAUGGCAUCCACACCGAGGAGAAGGACAAGCACGCCAAGUACACGAACCUCGGCAAGAAGAAGGUCGUCUUCAGCGGCAACAUCCUGCUCGAGCAGGCGGACGCCGCGUCCUUCGCGCAGGACGAAGAGAUCACGCUGAUGAACUGGGGCAACGCGUUCGUGCGCAAGAUCUCGCACUCGAUCAACCCGCUCGCGUCCCCCGCGGGUCUCUCCACCGUCACCGGGCUAGAGCUCGAACUCCACCUCCAGGGCGACGUCAAGAAGACCAGCAAGAAGGUUACUUGGCUCUCUGCGGAUCAGGACCUCGUCCCCGUGAAGCUCGUCGACUUCGACUACCUCAUCACGAAGGAUAAGCUCGAGCCCGAGGACGAGCUCGAGAAGUUCCUCAACCCGAACACGAAGACCGAGACCACGGCAUUGGCCGACUGCAACGUCGCGAACCUCAAGGUCGACGACAUCAUUCAGUUCGACAGGAAGGGCUACUUCAGGAUUGACGAGGCGUUCGCCCAUGGCAAGCCCGUCGUCGCGUUCCAGAUCCCCACUGGCAAGAGCAAGUAGACAAAACUAUAGCACUUUCGUAGAACAAUCAAAAGUCGUAUCAAGUUCAAACAUCAGCAUCACAAAUUUCCACAUUGCGCAUAACUCUAAACCAGACAAG